AUGGCGACAGCGACCCUGGAUGCGACAGGAUCGGGCACAGCAGGGCAGCACAGCGUCGUCGACCAGCCUGGAUUGGGAGGGAGGAACCCUAUGACAGAGGAACUGCACGGCUCUGGGAAUUCGAAUGGGAUGUCACCAGCUGCGACCGGGAGCUUGAGGAAUCGAGAUCUCACCGUUGAGGGCAGUAAGGGAGAGAGCGUCUCGAGAGAAGCGCCGCAAGAUCCUUUUCCCCACUCGAUAUCCCACACCCCACGGAUAUCAUCGCGAAGUCAACGAGCUGCUCGUCAAAUCUCGCAGAACCCGGAUAGCUACGAUGUUCCAGAUUAUCAUGCCAACCUAAACGAGUCACUUGGCCCGUCGCCAGAGCAAAAUCCAGAUGAGGCAGCUCUAUACCUGCGCAAGUCACUUGAACAGGAGAGAAGUCAGGAGCAGGGAUAUCGGAGAACCGAAGAGGUCCGCGGGAAAGCAUCGAGAGAAAAUCCCGAGGAGGGCUCGAAAAGAGAGCAGGAGGGAGCCCCCAAAGUGUCGAAACUGGCAACUCAGCUCUAUGUCAUUUCAUACCUGAUCCUGUUCUCCUUUCUUGGAACGCUUGCGAGACUUGGUCUCCAAGCCAUUACGUUUUAUCCCGGGGCUCCGGUGGCAUUCAGUGAGCUCUGGGCCAACUUUGGAGGAAGCAUUGUUAUGGGCUUUCUGAGCGAGGACCGGAUGCUGUUCAGGAAUGAAUGGGGAACACCAACAUAUCAUCGGCAAAUUCAGAAAGCGGAGAGGCAGAAGCGAGACGAGGAAAUUGAAUCAGGAUCAGAUGGCAUAGUCGACUUGGGAGCUGCCAAGAAGGCGCAUGCGGCGACGAAGAAAACGAUACCCCUAUACGUUGGCCUUGCAACAGGGUUUUGUGGCUGUUUAACUUCCUUCUCCUCUUUCAUCAGAGAUAUCUUUCUGGCGCUUUCGAACGAACUUCCUACGCCAUUGAACCACCAUGAGGAUUAUGGGCCUGUCAGUGCUGCCCCCGAGUCGACGGUAGCAAGGAAUGGUGGAUAUUCUUUGAUGGCGUUGCUAGCUGUCAUCAUCACCACCAUAGCCCUCUGCGUUUCAGGACUGCACUUUGGGGCCCACCUAGCCAUUGCCACCGAACGGUUCAUACCAAGUCUUCCUUUCAAGCUCUGGCGAAAAUUACUGGAUCCAUUGGCGGUCUUCCUUGCUUGGGGCUGCUGGCUUGGCGCCAUCCUCCUCGCCAUCUUCCCCCCUGAUAGGCAUUCCGCACCCCCGGAAAUCUGGCGCGGCCGCGCUGUCUUUGCACUCGUUUUCGCACCGUUAGGAUGCUUGGCUCGUUUCUACGCCUCCCUCUACCUCAACAGCAAAAUAGCUUCUUUCCCUCUCGGAACCUUCGCUGUAAACAUCUUCGGCACGGUAAUACUAGGUAUGAACUACGACCUACAACAUGUACCGCUUGGAGGCGUCGUUGGCUGCCAGGUGCUGGAAGGUAUCCAGGAUGGGUUCUGUGGGUGCUUGACGACGGUUAGUACGUGGGUUAGUGAGUUGAGCUCGCUGCGCAGAAAACAUGCGUAUAUAUAUGGCGCUACGAGCGUGGUUGUUGCGUUGUGCUUCUUGAUUGUUAUCAUGGGAAGCAUGCAGUGGACCAGAGGGUUCUCAGAGAUACAGUGUGCAAAAUAG